AUGCUUGUAAAAGCAGUUCGCCUGACGGGUGUUCAGCGUUUAGUUCGGCAUCUUCGCUACUCUGGUGAUCAGAAAGAUUUGGACGGGAACCUGAAGGGCAAAGUUGCUUGGAUUACUGGGGCUGGGAGUGGGAUUGGCAAAAGUCUUGCUCAACAUUGGGCAACGCUGGGAGUGAAACUUGUGCUGACUGAUAUUGAUGAGGAAAGCUUGACAAAGUUUGAUGAUCAUCUGAAAAGGCAUUAUUUUUGUCAAGAGGGCGGAGUCAGUGAAGGGGACAUCUUGCUGCUUCCUGGAGAUAUCACAGAUGUCAGCCACCAUGACAAAUGGCUCAAAGAAAUUCUCAAUAAAUUUGGCAAGUUGGACAUUUUGGUCAACAAUGCUGGGAGAAUGUCUCAGGGUUCGCUCAUGAUGCCUAUGAGUGCUCAAAAAUCCCAAUUCGAAGUGAACGUUUUUUCGCACGUUGCUCUGACCCAAGCAGUGUUGCCAUACUUUCUGGAGCAGAAGCAGGGUCACAUUGUGGCCGUCAGCAGUUUGCUGGCCCUGCUUCCCCUCUCAAAACUAGCUCCAUAUUCUGCUUCAAAAGCCACAAUCCUGUUAAUAUUUGUUCAUAUUUUCCCUUACAACUUGGUGCAGUCUUACUUCACUUCCUUGAGGGCUGAAUUGUGGCGGCACAAUAUUCCAGUCACUGUUCUCUGUCCUGGUCCUGUUGGGACCAGAUUGUUGGCCAGAACACCUGAACCAGAGGAAAAAGCAGGAGACAAAGUGUGUGCGUUUACAUCAGUUGUGCAAUUGUACAUUUUGUGA